CCACAUAUCUCACGGAGGAUUCGGGGAUAUCUGCAUGCCUGGUGGAUAAUAUAUUUAUAAAUAUAUAGAUUAGACUCCCUUUUUAAACGAGGCUUGAAAAAAAAAUGUAUGCAUACAUUCACCUCACUGUAAUUUUCUGUAGGUAAAACUGGUCUCAAAUUGGCUUAUUUCUUUUUGCGACGACAGUCGGCGCUAACAUUAGCUAACAGUUAACGUUAGCUUUGUAAAAAAAAACCAUUUCCAGACAUUAGCCAGCUGCACGACAAAAUGAAGCGUAUGGGGAGGAGACGGAGCUCUGUGUGGGACUGCUUUGAACAAGUGAACAACAACUUCGUCCGCUGCAUGAAAUGUGACGCUACAUUGAAGUACUGCGGCGGCGCCACUAGCUCCAUGAUUAACCACAUGAGCAGGCACCAUCCGUCCACGGCACCGCUAACGUCAGACGAAGACGAGAAACCGGUGAUUUGUAACGUUACCGUUCAGUGCGCUGAGGAGGAGAGUAGCGCUAAUUCGGACAUCAUGCAGGUUGCCAUCAUGUCACCCAACAUGAACAUGACUACCAGCCUCCCUGAGCGUGAAUACGGAGAGAGGAAGCGCCUGAAGAGGAGCUCGGUGUGGGACAUUUUCAUUAAAGUGGACGACGAGGUUCACUGCACGAUGUGCGACACAAAGCUGAAAUACAGGAGCAGCACCACCAGCAUGAUGUACCACAUCAAAAACAAGCACCAAGACACUAUGCCCAAUGAUGGUGUGUCACUUGCAGCACACGCAGAGGUGACUGAUCUCAUCUCCAGAAUGAUAGAGAAGGACAUGCUUCCCAUUAGCGUGAUUAGUGGUGAUGGUUUUCGUGAGCUUCUUGCAUACACUGUGCAAAAUUAUAAAAUGCCAUCUGUUGGCGAGAUCACACGCCUCAUUGAAGGCCAUUUCCACGAGAAGGUAGAGGAGCUUGUAGCACAGCUGGGUAGAGUGGAGAAAGUGGCUCUCACUGCUGACUUCUGGACAGCCCUCCCAUUUCAGAGGUACAUUACAGUUUUCUGUUCAUUCAUAACAGAAGAGUGGCAGGGGAGGUCAGCUGUGCUGCAGACACACAAGCUACCAUCAGACAGUCACACUACUGCAGGCAGUGUCACAGACAGGCUCCUUAAAACUGUGCAAACCUGGGCUAUUGGUGGGAAAGUGAUUGCAUGUGUUCAUAACAACACGCAGGGCAUCAUGUCCGCCCAUGCAUGUGCCCGUGUCACCUGGGACUAUGCCACUUGCUUUGCCACUACAUUGCAGCUAGCAGUCAGUGAUGGGCUGAGUGAGGAUCUAGUCCGCAUCAUUGUUGCUGCUGGGAAACUAGUCAAGCACUUCAAUCACAACUUGCUGGCAAGUGAGGCCUUGGCGCAGAAGCAAGUUCAGAUGUGCCUGCCACAGCACAAGCUUAUCCAGUCGAGCAAAGCUAGAUGGGACACCAUCUGCGAUAUGUUUGAAAGGUUACUUGAGCAACGGUGGGCAAUUAAAGCUGUGCUCUCUGAUCGCACAACCACCAACAGGCAGGAAGCUCAGAUCCUUGAGAUUGAAGAUGAUUGCUGGCAAAUAAUUGAGAAUUUCACACCUGUGCUGGCAACGCUGAAAUGGGCAACAACAGUCAUAUCUGCCGACACAGAAGUGUCCAUUUCGAACAUCUACCCGAUCACGUUCAGCCUCAUUCAGACCCACCUUGUGCCAAAAGAGAAUGACGUUGAACAAGUCUCCGAGUUCAAGCUAAAGGUUCAGAAGUCACUUAGAAAUCACAUGGAGGUUGACUCUAAUGACCUAGCCUCCAAACCCGCCCUGAUCGCCUCUAUGCUGGACCCUCGUCACAAACAUCUCAGCUUCCUGACGCCAACGGGGAGACUGGCUGCAAAGGUUAAACUGCACGAACUGGUUUCCAGAUUAGAUGUGAUAACUACUACAGUGGGCACAAAGGAUGAACAGCAGGAGGUCCUGGUUACACCCGAUAUUAGCCAGGUGGCUGUGCCUUCGCAACUGAGAAGUGACACCAAAAACACCAUGAUGUUGCUCCUAGGAGACAACUACAGUUCCUCCUAUGCCACAGACUCUGAGGCUCAGGUAGAUUACUACUUGAGAGACAUUGCUCCCUCAUUGGACAUAAACCCUCUCGACUGGUGGAGGGUAAAUGGACCAAGAUUCCCCAAGCUAGCCACUCUGGCAAGACACUAUUUAUGCGUACCUGGUGUAUCACUGCCAUCUUUACUGUCAGAGGCUGGACAAACAUUUGCAACAAUGCGAACAAGAUUGAGCCCAGAACAUGUUGACAUGAUGAUCUUUGUAAACAGAAAUGCAUAACUGCUAACUAGGGCUCCCCCGAAAGCCACCCUGUAAUUCAAACGCUGUGAAUUUACCACGCAUGUAUUUGUGAAAAUGUAUCUAAUAGUAAAAGUAUCUGAUGUAAUUCUUUUUAUUACACAAAAUAUAAAUGUUAUUCCUUCAUUUAGUGCAUAGAUUUCAGAGUUGGCCGAUAACAUUUCUGAGUGGCAGAAAAAAAAA